GUGUUCGGCACUGUUGCUUGUAAAGCGGCCAUCCUGUCCAUAGACUGAUCCUGUCAGUCGCGUCUUCAGUGUGCUUUUGUGGGCUGUAGCUUCCUAGCCUGGACGAACUGCGAGUGAGUGAGAGAAGCUGCUAUGGCGGCAGUACGCAACCUCCGCGUGUCUGUGAAACCAGAGAGCGGGUCGGAUCGCUCAGAAUCGGAUUCUGACUCAGAUUCUGACAGGGAUCUCCGCGAACCAGAACCUAUGGAGGUGGAAGAGGGGGAACUCGGCUUGGAGGCCAUUCCGAUCCGCCGGUCUCUCAAAGAACUGUUACCGGAUACCAGCCGGCGGUAUGAAAACAAAGCCGGGACAUUCAUUACAGGAAUUGACGUGACUUCUAAGGAGGCUGUGGAGAAGAAGGAGAAGAGAGCCAGGCGGUUCCAUUUUCGCGCCGAGGGAAACCUGGCUCAGAGGAACGUGGUGCUAGACAGAGAGACGAUGAGGAAAGCGAUCCCAAAGAUACGUCUGGAGGCCCUGUACCUUUGUGGGGUGGAUGACAUGAGCACGCAGGAUAUUUUCGGGUUUUUCAAGGAGUACCCCCCAGCUCAUAUCGAAUGGAUCGAUGACACUUCUUGCAACGUGGUGUGGCUUGAUGAUGUCACUUCCACCCGAGCUCUCAUCAACGUCGGCUGUAUGCCCGACCCAUCAGUCACCACCUCGGGGACAGACGGUGCCAAAGAGACCGAUCCACCUGCUCCGCAGCGCACAGCCAGGAGGGAUCGUGGCUCAGAGGAUGAGGAAGAUGAAGAGGAGGACGGGGAGGUGGUCGACAAUGAAGAAGGCACGAAGGCAGAGAAGAGCAGCGAAGAGAGUGAAGGAAAGGCUAGCGAGAGCGAAGACGAGGGGGAGAAGAAGACGGCCUCAGAGAACUCCGAGCCGCACUCGUUGUCCGUGGCGGAGAGAGAGUCUAUCUUGCGCAACGACCUUCGAACUACGACCAAGGAGUUCAAGGGAAGGAACCUCUUCCUCAGGUUUGCUACUCAGGAUGAUAAGAAGGAGCUGGGAGCAGCCAGGCGGAGUCGGUACUACAUGAAGUACGGCAACCCCAACUACGGUGGGAUGAAAGGCAUACUGAGCAACUCCUGGAAACGCCGAUAUCAUACACGGAGGAUCCAACGGGACGUCCUGAAGACCAAGAAGCCCCUGAUCGGGGACAGCAUGGGCCACACACCGCCAUACAAACACAGGCACUCUGACCUGGUGAACCUACCUGAAGAGCCGAUAGAGGAAGAGGAGGAGGAGGAGGAGGAGGAGGGAGAAGACAUGGAUUCGGAAGACAGGGUGGUGGAAUACCGGGAGGAGCGAGAGAAGGGGGACAGAGACCGGGAGCGAGACCGGGAGCGGGACCGGGACCGGGAGCGGGACCGAGAGCGGGACCGAGAGCGGGACCGGGAGCGGGACCAGGAGCGGGACCGGGAGCGGUACAAGGAGCGAGACGGAGGUCUGCGCAGCAGUGCGGGUAGUCUGCGCAGACGCGGGUCCACGUCCGCCUCCUCGGACUCCGACGAAAUGGACUACGACCUGGAGCUGAAGAUGAUCUCCACGCCCUCGCCCAAGAAGAGCAUGAAGAUGACCAUGUACGCCGACGAGGUGGAGUCCAACCUCAAGACCUUACGGAACUCAGUCCGUGGGGAGGGCGGGUCCAGCAGCGGCGUAAGGAACCGGAUUGGGAGCGGAGGCGGAGGCGGAGGCGGAGGCGGAGGUGGGACCAAGACGGCGGCGGUGGAGAAGGUGACGGACGUGAGGCAACUGCUGGAGGAGAAGCGGCAGGGCCUGGCGCAGCAGCAGCGAAGCCCGCAGCCCUACAUGAACGCCACGGCGAGGACAGAUGUUCGGAAGAGACUGGGAAAGAGGCCCCACUCCCCCGAAAGUCGGCGUUCCACCUCGCCGGUGCCCCCCGGGCCCCCCCCCCCUCGCCGCGAGCCCCUGACGGACGUACACAGCAGACUGGGGGUCCCCAAGCAUGACGCCCGCGCCCUCCCCUCCCAGGCUCCCAAAGAAAAGAAGACAGGCGGGCUGUGGAGCAGGCUUGGCUCCUCCCAGAUGGAUAAAGUCCCUGAGAAGAAGGCUGACAGCAAGGGUGUGGGCGGGGCCAAAGGCUCAAAGGCGGGGCCUGAGGAGGACGACUCUGAGCUGCAGAAGGUGUGGGGUGCCAUGAUCAAGGAGAAGGAGCAGCAGUCGCACAAGAUGAAGAAGAGCCGCCUGGACAACCUGCCCUCCCUGCAGAUCGAAAUCAGCCGGGACAGCAGCAACGGCUCGGACAGCGACUCCUGAGAUGGAGGCCGAGGUGGGCGGGGGAUCAGGCGGGGUGGAGGACGGGGAGUCAGGUGGGGUUGUGGAUGAGACAGGACUGAGGAAUAGGGUUCGGGAGAGAGGGACAGUGCUGAGUAGAGACCCUCUGGGAAGAAGAGAGCAAAAGAUGGACAGACAGAUGGAAGAAGGCAGCACAGGGAGGAAGAGUGCUGGCUUCACAGUCAUCUAUAGCAGAAUGGGAGGCCUUCCCUGCCAUCUCACUGCUCCUCUUUUCCCCCCUCUCUUUUCCUGCACUCGUUCUCACAUUCGUUUCUACUGAUGUUGCACUCCCUUCCUGUCCUUGCGCACAGGAGGGACUGUUAAGUGACAUUGCUCGCUCUUCAAAAUGAGAACCAAGAAAGACUCAGCCAUUCAAAUUAUUGUGUGUGACCAGAAUGAAAUUAACUCAUUCUUUUCCACCCAUGAUGAAAGAAAAACACUUGUCACCACUUUUCUUUAGGCAGUUUUUUCACAGGCUGGAGCCAGAGGGGAGAAACACUUCCAGGGUAGACGCAAUUCCUACAGCCCACCACGUCCAGGAAACUGCAUUUCCCAUAAGACACUGUGCCCAUGGAAUUGAGUAGAAUUUCAGGAAGAAGAACAGCUAGCUGUUCUGCCGGCCUGUGUUUGGGGACAGGGGUCGUCAGCCGCUAAUGUUAGAAUUCUCUUGCGCCACACACUUUGGGGAACGUGCUGAAAUCAGACUUCCUUCUUUGGGACAGGAGUCCGUUCAGUCAUUUGGAUGAUGAGACUGGUGUCAUCCGAAAGCCCUUUCCCACCCCAGCCUUGAUAAUGCCGUGUUCCAAUGAGUGGCUGUGAUCGCAGUCACCAAAUGACUUGUGAGCAAGGGUGUUGUCACGUGCGGGGGGGAAACACAUUCCACUUCUCCUGAACCAAAGGAUGUGUGCUUUUACUACUUGCUCAUUUUUUAUUUGUCCUUUGUGUAAUCGGGUGCUUCUGUUAAGAUUAAAAACAUAUUUUUCAGGAGACAAAUGGCCUUUUCCAAGAGAAGAAUUGUCUCCAUACUGGAGUACGAGGUGCAGUGUGGGAGUAUGAAUGAUUCAGGACAAUGAUUUUGUGAGAGAUUCAUCAAUGUGCAGUCAAAACAUUUCCCCCCACAGUUUGUAGAUUAAGAUAUACCAAUGAGAAUGCCGCCGUGUAAAUACAGUCAACCUUUUUACGGUUUGGCCACAGGUGGAAACGAGGUGGUUUUAAUCCUUUAUGUCAAAUAUUGAGCAAAGAAAAUGAAUGAAAUGUAUCAGGUUUUGAAAGCAGAGAAAUGUGAUACUGGCUUUGUUCCCACUUGCCUUUUUACACAAUAUAUCCAACUUCUCAACAAAUCUGAUUGUCGCAAUUGAUUAUUGUACUCUGAACACAAAAAAACUGUUGUGGUUCGAAUUUGUCCAAAUUCAGUUUCAAUUGUAUUGUGGGGGGUAGUCUGGAUCGAAUUCUGCAAAUAUCGGACUUGAAUGUAAAAGGUCCAGCACGUCACCAACAUUCUACUGACAAAUAACAUCCUGUAAUAAGCUUAUGGGAGUCGCAAGAUGCCCUGUUGUGCUGCUGGUCAUUGGGUACAACAGGGAUGCAACACUGAGUGAACUGCUGGGAGAAAUGCAAAGUCCAAAUGGUAGGAAUUGUAUGAACAACAUUAAAAUUCAAUUGUAAGCACAACUACGAAUGCCAGAUAUACUUGAUAUUUGAUUUGUCAGCUAAUACGAGUGUAAAUUGGUCCAUACAGUCCCUGUCAUCACUGUAGCGUAUAUUCAUAAUUUUGCCAAGAAUUAUGUUUGUAUCACAUUUUAUUUUUCAAGUGCUUUUCAUUACACCUUAGCUACUGAUUUUCCUUAACUAAACAUGCUCCAAUCCAGACGGGAAUGGCAAACAACUAAAGGUAAUUCAGUUAAUUAUUAUUUGAGACCAAGGUCAACUAUACUUUCCAUAAUGGCUAUGAACAUCUGUUCACUGAUUCAACAUGGAGCUUAAAAAGUUUGCCUUAUUAACAUUGUUGUAUGGGCUUACUCAACUCUCCGGUAUUGUAUUAUAUGUAACGGGUUGGUGUAAAUUCUAUUUUAGUUUGGGAACUGAAUUAAAAUUCAGCCCAUUAAUUUGAUAAAUCCCGUUGGAAGACUGUGGGGAUUUUU